AUGUUAAAUCAGUGCAAAAAAGGAGCAGUCCUAGAAAUUUCAGCAUACCUUCCUAAAUCAUUUAUAGGAACUAGGGUCUGUAUUGAAUUAAAACAAUAUCUAAUUUUCUUUGUUGUAGGAGUUAACUUAUCCCAAGUGGAGAAACGUCAAAAGGCAGGUCAGCUCUUACUGACCUUGGACUUUGAAAAAGAUAUAAGAAAAAUACUUCUGUUUCUUAAGGAUGUGGGUGUAGAAGACAAUCAGCUGGGAUCAUUCCUGACUAAAAAUCCAUACAUCCUUGCUGAAGAUCUGGAAGCUUUAGAAACCAGAGUGGCUUACCUAAAAUCAAAAAAAUUUGGUAAGGCAGAAAUUGCUCAGAUGGUCUCAAGAGCUCCAUAUUUGCUGUUGUUUUCAGUGGAAAGACUGGAUAACAGACUGGGUUUCUUCAAAAACGAACUUGGCCUCAGUGUAAAACAGACAAAGGAUCUGGUAAUUCGUCUUCCAAGGCUAUUGACUGGCAAAUUGGAGCCUGUAAAAGAAAAUCUUCAGGUUUGUCAGAUUGAACUUGGUUUUCAACGUACUGAAAUUCAACAGAUUGCGUUUAAAACCCCCAAGAUUUUAACUGCAAGUAAAAAGAGACUCAAACAGACAUUUGACUACUUACACAACAUAAUGGGCAUUCCCCACCACAUGCUUACUCGCUUUCCUCAGGUUUUCAACUCAAAGCUAUUACGAAUCAAAGAAAGACAUAUGUUUCUUACAUUCUUGGGAAGAGCCCAGUAUGACCCAGCGCAACCCAGCUACAUCUCUCUGGACCAGCUAGUAUCCUUGCCCGAUGAGGUGUUUUGUACAGAGAUUGCCAAAGCUUCUAUACAGGACUUUGAAAAAUUCUUAAAAACACUUUAAUUAGUAACACAUGUAAAAAGGAAUAGAAUAAAGUUAUGAAAUAAACAUAUUUUAUAAAACUAC